AUGAGACUUCUCCUUCUACCGUUAUUCACUUCCCUAGCUUCGGCUGCUUUCGAACAAGUCUCGCUUCCGAAUAUCCAGUUUUCUGACCUGGGCGGUUCCAUUGGCUUCUUGGGCCGUUUCGAGGCCUUAUCCUUUUAUUCAUACCAGAACGCUUCCGCUGGCCUACUUCCUUCUGACUCCCUGUCGUCCAUAUACCUUCGAAACGUUAGCGAUAAUGCAAACAUCAAAAUUGGAUCCGUGGAUGGCGGAAGAGUCACGGAAAUUCUGCCCGUGGGCGACGACAGUGUCCUACUUGGAGGCUCCUUCACUUCCUUUAAUAACGAACAAUACACCCCUCCAAUCAUAUACAACCUCACGUCCAACGAGGUAUCCAGCAUUUUUUCCGAUUCAAAUAACCAAAAAAGAGACUCCUUAGAUAGUGGCUCCGUGAAGGUCACUUUGGUCGACAAGGACCUUAUAUAUAUGGGUGGUGACUUGGAAUUCAACAACUCCAGAGGCGCUGUGGUGUACAACAUAACAUCAAAGAAGCUUCUGCUGCUACCGUUCCAAGGUUUCGGUAAUGAUUCGGUUGUGAAUGCCAUAACCAAAUUGAAGGCUGACUCCGACAAGGACGGUUCCAUUGUUUUCGGUGGUUCCUUCAAUACCUUGGGCCUUUCUGAGCUCUUGAGUCUUAACAUGUCUUCCAAUUCAUCCCAUUAUAACCAUUCAAACUCGACCAACGUGUCCCUAAUAUCGGCCGAGCAGCAGAUUUCCAUAAAGCAUGGUGACUUCACCUCAAUUAAUUCCAACAGUGACCCUGAAGGCAUCAUCUGUCCUGACUCAGGCAGCGUGUGGACAUUAGAACCUAAUAGUGGUGGCCAAUGGUCUGUCAAACUACCGUCUGCAAUGUCAGGAAUCAGCCCCACAAAGGUAAGACUAUAUUUGCCUGAUGACAAUGAUAAUGGCAUAAAAACAUUCCGUAUCUAUACCUAUCCAAACAAUGGUAUCAUGAACCUCACGUAUGUGAACCCAGAGACUAAUGAUUUGGCAUUCUGUGAUGCAUCUUGCCCACUACCUAAAGCCAAUGAUCUCAAGGAACUCGUCGAUGAUAACAAGGACAAUGGCGAGGAUAUGAUGGACGAUGACGAUGACAUUUUCGUCAAUGAAGAUGGCUCGUUUUCCAUGUACUAUGAUAGCUCCACCAGAUCUAAAAAUCUUGGAUACGGUAGCAACUACAUGGAGUUUGCCCUCGUGAAUAACAUCGCCAUUGACAGAAUCGGUGUUACAGUUACUGAUUGGUAUGGUAACCAUGGUGAGCUUGCUGGGUUCGAGCUCUACACGAAUGCCAUCAGUGUAUUUGGUAACGACACUUUGAACGAAUCUAAUUGCGGCUCGGAGUCGCUGGUUUCGAGGAAUUCCGCCGAAUCACAAGGCGGUAACUGGCAAUCGGUACAAUCUCUAGUCGACGGCGCCAUCGAUACUGACUAUCUUGUUUCUGUCGGAGACGACAAUGCUGGCAUUACGCUUUAUCCGAACAUAUCCUAUGAUGGUGAUUACUCCCUCCUUUUGUAUACACCAGGGUGUCAAGCUGAUAACUCCUGUGACAAAAGAUCAAUUGUCAAUGUGUCUGUCUUAGAUAUCGAGCUGAACGUUUUAGAGCAUAAAUUAAUCUACCAGAACAACGCUGGGGAUAAGUUUGAUUACCUUUUCUUUGGCCAUAUGAAUGGAUCUUCGAAUGACAAUGGCCGCAACAGUAUCAACAUUGACUUUGUUCGUCCUAUUGAUCCAUCUGUCACUGACCCGUGGAUGGUUGUUGAUCGUGCUGUCGCAAACAUUGUAUCACUCGAUACGUACAGCCAAAAGAAUCUGUCAAACCAUACCUCCCUAGAGGAACGAAGGAAACGUGAUCUAGAGCAUGUCUAUCUCAAUGGCUUAUUUGAAUAUUCGCUUGCAAAUUUCUCGCUGUUUUCUGAAAACUUGGUGUACGAGAAAACGGAUAAUGGAACCAUUAUCAAGCCCACUAACCGUUUUGUCGGCAAUUCAUCGAUUAAUGAAGUCAGUGGCAAGCUUUUAAAGAAUUCUACGGUUGAGCAAAUUCUUCUCCAAGAGUCCUCUGACUCUUCGGAUAUGCUUUUGUUGGGUGAUUUCAGCUCUAGAAAUAUCACGCUUUCCAAUGGAAAUUUGCUAGCCUUUGAACUUGACGACUACAAUCUGACACUGAACCUGUCUGAAGCUACGUUAAGAGAGAAAAGAUUCGUCAAGAGAGAUGAAGAGAUUUUAGGAGCGAAUUUUAACAGCUCUAUCCAAAGAUUACACGACGUUGAAGACGGCAUUAUCGCUUUAGGUGCAUUCUCAGCAGAAUCGAACGAUGACAAUGGUUUCAAGAACCUCCAAGACUCAAACAGUUCUACUUCCUCGUUCAAUAACUUUGCCCUUCGCUCUGGAAGCGAAUGGUUUUCUUUUGGAAAUGACUAUGUGGAAGCUGAUUAUGAUCUGUUCAUAAAUGUGACAAUUGACGGUAAGAACUACUACGUCUUUUCAGCAGAUGAAGACAAUUAUCAGGUCUGGGAACAGCAAAGCUCUAGUUUUGUUGACAGAAAUGAUCUUAAUGUCACUACGGCUGCUAAUAUACCAAAGAAAGAACAGCAGGUCAUAGGAGGCACAUUUUUCAACUUGAUGGAUUACUAUGGUGCCAACGAAGCAUUUGUUCGCAACAAUUCCCAAAUUAAUAGCUAUGGGCUCAACAUCACUAGUGGCGAAAUUUUGACUUCAUUUCAUGCCAAUUCUUCUUUUAGUGUUUUCGGCGGAAAAUUCGACGUGAAUGACACCCGGAGGAAUGUUGCAUUCAUCAACAACAACCGCACUUCGACUGUGAGCGAUAUAAAUUGGGGAGAAGACACCCUGGUCGACUACCUCUAUGUGGAUUCCAGCUCUGAUUAUUUGUUCCUUGGCACCAACGGAAGUGUGGAGGCCCAAAACACGAAUGUUACUGGGCUUGUGUUACUUCAUUUGUCAAACGAGUCGUUUUCCUCUGUCCAGCCUGCUGAUCUUUCAAGUGAACUGGGUGAAAUCCUGGUGAAUGCUAUGGUAUUUUACGAUGACGAUGAAAAAUUGCUUGUUGGUGGACGUUUUGACAAUGCAGGCUCUUUGGGCUGUGAAGCUGCAUGUAUUUAUGAUGUUGCAAACACACGUUGGGAGAACCCUUCAAGCGGAGGAAUCGGUGGUACUGUUACUGAUGCAAAGUUCUUUGACUCCGAUACCGUUUUGUUGAGUGGAAAUCUUACUGUAAACGACUCAAGUCUUAAUUUUGCAGUUUUCGAUUUCUCUUCUGGCCUGUUCACUGCGGCACCUUCGCAGCUUGGAAACAUAGACGAACCCAAUGAUUACGUCAGGAAGUUCAUCAUAAACGAGCAGACCAGUCAAAAGUUAGAGAGCAGAAUGACAGCGUACGGUAACGGUUUCUUGAAGGCUUACAAUGGUUCUCUGUGGUCAGAUAUUAGUGUUGCUCCUGUUAACGUCGAAGAACAAGAGCAGGUCUCAAACUAUUUUGAUAAUGACAAGAUUCUUCUUGUUUCGGGCCAAUUCAACCUUACAGAGUAUGGUCCUGUCAAUGCUGCCUUCUUUGAUGGCCAAAACUGGACGCCUUAUGUUUACACCCUGGUGAAGGCCAACGAGCUUGGUCUGAUCCAGCUGUUGUUGGUGAAGGACACUUAUUCUUUCCGGUCCUCGAAGGACCUCAAGACAGAUUCAAGCAAUUUGUCUAAGGGCCAAGUUGUUGGUGUCUCGCUAGCAUGUGCCAUUGGAUCAACUGCUUUGAUCGGCCUCCUUUACCUUAUUCCAAUGAUGUAUCUUUUUAAAAAAUCGGAUAAGGAAGAGAGAAUGAGCCAGAGAAUUCACGAAGAUGAGAUGAUGAAUGUUGUCAAUCCUGAAGAGUUAUUCCACGAGAUUGACUUGCAGAGAAAUACUUGA